AUGGCGCUUUCCUGUGGCACGCAAUUCAUUAAGUACCUUCUCUUCAUAUUCAAUGUGCUGGUUUUCCUCUUCGGUGUUCUCAUAACCGGAUUUGGCAUCUACUUCAUUGUGGAGGCAAAGAAUAGUCUUAGUAGUCAAGCAAUUGGCGUCCCGGCCUUCAUCCUAACACUCGGCCUGCUUUUGUUCCUAAUCGGAUUUUUGGGUUGUUGUGGAGCCUGCAAGGAGCAUACAUGCAUGCUUAAAACAUUUGCUGCAAUUAUUAUUAUUUUGUUGAUUCUCCAAAUUGUUGCUGGCAUAUUGGUCUUCGUAUACAGAAGCAAGUUUGUAGAGGUGGUGGGCGCCGGCAUUGCUGCUCAGAUAAGCAAAGUGGACUCACUUUCUGAAAAAGAACAAAAGGAUCUGCGUAGGGCGUUAAACGCGCUCCAAAAGAAGCUGCACUGUUGUGGAGGCAAGGGUCCUACGGAUUGGGGUAUCUCUGCUCCUCCGUCCUGCUGCGAAGGAGAAAAAUCACCAUGCAGCGAACCUUACAAUUUGCUCCUGGGUGGCGUUAUAACCGGAUUUGGGAUUUACUUUGUUGUGGAAGCAGAGAAAGAUAUUUAUUUAUUUGAUGUUGGCAUUCCUGCCCUCUUCCUAACAAUGGGCCUGGUAUUGCUUCUGUUUGCUGCAAUUAUUAUUAUUCUACUGAUAGCCGAAAUUGUCGCUGGAGCAUUGGUUUUUGUCUACAGAGGCAGGUUCGUAAACCUGGUGGCAUAUGGCCUUGCAAGCCAAAUAUCGCAGCUGAAGAAUUUCAAUACAACACAAUACGAGGACAUCCGGGAGGCAAUUAAUGUGUUUCAGGAAAAGCUCCAAUGUUGUGGCGGUUAUAAUGCUAGUGACUGGGGUACACCUUUUCCCUCCUCCUGCUGCGCUGGCAACCCUGCACAAUGCACAAGUCCAUACGAGCAGGGUUGCGCACAAGCUCUGUAUGAUUAUAUAAACAAGGAAUCCGUAAGCGUUGGCAUUAUCCUCUUUAUCAUGGCGGUCCUACAACUUGGAGCAAUCAUUGCCGCCUUCUACUUGGCCAGCAGUGCUCGCGAGUACGAAAAGAUCUAA